AGACUCGUAGCAGUUGAGUUGUCAUCUGUUUGUUUCUCGGGCAGCUGAAACGCCAUCUAAAAUGCAGGCGCACGGCGACCUGGAGCUGCGGCGGUUCCACUCCGCCUUGUCCUCGCUGCAGGCCGCCUUCGAGGAGAUGACCUGGAACUCCAUGUACCUGGUCGGCUACUGCAAGACGCUCGAGGUGUGCGACAGUUUGCACCUGCUCCUGCCCAUGGAAGACGGAUUCGAUCAACUUGCUCGCCUCGUGCGGCAGAUGCAGGUGACGCACAAGCGCCGCGUGCUGGCGGCGGCCGCCAAGGCGCGGGCGCUCAUCCUGGACGUGGAGCGCAUCCUGCAGCGCAUCGGGCCCCCGCCCCCCUCACCCCGCCCCGCCCCGCACGCCCACUUAGCCGCGGGUUAUCUAAAAUGUCUCCAAAACUUGAAAUUUGUAAUUCAUGGAGAUAAUUAA